UGCAUCAGGAGAGAGGGGUCGCUGAGUGCUUCCCACCCUCGGGCAGACCCCUCACAAAACGGCAGCAGCACCCGGAAUACUCCAAUCAGCCCUUCAACAAACAAGCAGGUGGAGCCCGAGGCUGAGUGACGAGCGGUGAUUCGGCCAGCCCCGUCCACAGGUUGCACGCUCCGCCCUUGGUUACCCCGGAAACUGAGGGGCGGAGCCGCGAGAUUCGAAUGUUGGCCCGGGCCCGGGGUCGUUCCACGGCGCGAGGGAUCGGCGGGAUGGCGGCCGAGGCCGGGGUUUCCGAUAUUCAAGAAAAAAUCGACUUUGAAAGUCGGAUGCGGGAAGGGACUUGUAAGCUUCUUGCCGUGUCCACUCAGCGGGAUCAGGUGCUACAUGCUGCCAAAAAUCUGCUGACGUGCAGCGCUCGCAUCAUCCGUUACAGGGCCGAGUUGCAGAAGCACUCAGAAGGCCAGAUCCUGGCCAAGGUGUCAGGGAGGUCUUCAGACACUGAGACAAAAGAGCGUGUGCCAUGUUCUGGAAAAGUUGCAAUAUCUGGUAUCCGAAUUCCAUUAAUGUGGAAAGACUCGGAUCACUUUAACUACCGUGGCAGGAGCCAGCGCUUUGCUGUGUUCUGCCUCCUGAAGAUUGAAGCUCAGAUUUUUGACACAGAGAUGGUCAUCGUAGAUAAGGCUCUCACUGACAUCUGCUUUGAGGAUUUGAUGAUUUUCAAUGAUGUGAAGCCAGAUUUUGAGUUGAAAGUGGAAUUGUACAGCUGUUGCAUGAAUGAAGAUCCUUCCAUUGCCAACACUCCCAAGAGACUAGCCAGAAAACUAAGCAACUCUCUCACCAGGUCAACUGGAAAGAAGCUAAUGACCACUGUGGAGAGUGGUGACCUUGAUGCCCUCCUGCUGACCAACCCAGUCGCGGCCGGAGCCAAAUACCAUUUGCUUGCAGAAGCCACAUUAAAUCUUGAUGAUACUGAAACUGGCUUCCGAACUCAUAGCCUCACUAUUGUGGGAAAUGAGGAGACUUCCUUCUGGCUGCCCUUGUAUGGGCAUGUAUGUUGUCACCUAGUCGCUCAGCCCGAGUGCAUGACAAAGGAUAUGAUGGCUGGAUACCUCAGUCUGCAGCAAAAUAUCGGAGGCCUCCCCAACUGGACAAGGUUGUACUGCAUUCUGAGGAGAAGCUACCUGACCGCGUAUUACUCUCCCGAAGAAAUUGAAGCCCAAGUGGACCCUGCCCUAAGUAUUGUCAUUAAUAAGGAAACUAGAAUUCGGACCCUGGGGAAAGAUUCACAGAGAAAGACACACAGCUUUUCCAUUAUCAACCCCUACAGUGGAGAGACAUCCAGCCGGGUGUUUGCUGUCGACUCCGAAGGUGAUCUACAGCAAUGGAUGGAGGCUUUCUGGCAGCACCUCUGUGAUAUGAGCCAGUGGAAGCAUUGUUGCAAAGAGCUUAUGAAAAUUGAGAUUAUGUCACCACGGAAACCACCUUUAUUCCUCACAAAACAAGCAACUUCAGUCUACGAUGAUAUGAACAUCGAGUCUCCAGUGAAGGAUGAGAGUCUAGUGGAUAUUAUCCGGAACAGAAUCCAGGAGACGGACGGAGAGUUCCUACUGGGUCAGCAGGAAGAGUCCAAUCCACCACGGUGGGCAGCUCUCUUUGAUGGCACUCACGAUAUUGUCUUUCAGAAGAGCAGCCCAGCUCCAGAGGGGCCAAGACUCCCUACCCCAAAGUCUCCGGGGAGAGCCAAGAAGCGGCCGGCCCCUGCUCCACCAGCGGGGAAGCUGCCCUACCGGCCGGGAAAAUCUGACCCGGAUCAGGAGCAGAAAGAGAACACCCCUUUAUCUUCUGGCAGGAGAUCCAAGCUGCAGCGUGCUCCUCCUGUGCCUGAGCCACGCAGUAAGGUCCCAAGCAAAGGCACCACCCAGGCAAUGUCCAAACCUCCUCUGCCAGCCAGGCCAGUACUCUAACACUGAUGGAAAAGCUCCAUCAGGUUCCAGUUCAACCAUAGAGCCUGGACGUUAUCUGAAGGGCAGGGUGUUUUUGAGAUGGACUCACAACAUGCAGAAACUAUGGGCAAUGUUAACUGUUCUUCAAUCUGAACACCAUUUAUUGUGGAUUUCCCAAAUGCACCUAAACAUUUAGCAUUAAUAUAUCAAAGAGACCAGUCAUUAGCCUGAAUUAUUCCUUUAUUCUUGAUUAUUUUUUGUCAGAAUUCCAUGUCCUGUAUUUUCAAGACUGUCCUAUAUUUUCAAAACCUGUCUGAGCAAUCUAUACAGAGCCCAGCAGAUUUUGCAUAACUCACAACUGAAAUAAUUCUACUUAAGGAAAUUUUUCUGCCUUUUUUUUCCCCCAAUCUCUAAAUAAUAAUAAAAAAAAAGUUUUGUUGCAGUGGAAAUUGGAAUAGCAGAAAAAAAGAACAUUUCAAAUACAGGCCUUCCUCAGGUUAUGAAUGUCUGACUUUUGCACACCCCUACAUAUGAGCAAUAUUAUAUUCAAAAGUCUGAGGUACAUACAUGCAAUUGUUCCUAAAAGUGAGAGAGCUGGUUUCCUUUCUCUGUCUAACUAUUAGUAAUUGUUCUCUCUUAUCAGUCUUAAUGUUUUAGAUACCAUUCAUUACAAUACCAUCUCAAGUGAUCUUUAUGUAUUUCCCAACGUAGACAAACUUGACUUAUGGGCGUCUAUAAAACUAGAACCCAUUCGUUGCCUGGACAUGAUUUAUCUAUCGAUAUGUCUGUGCUGACUGUGAAGCAUGUGGUUUAGAACAGAUUUUCACUCAGUUGUACUUUAUCCAAUUUGAACAAUUUUUAACCAGCUCCUAGAAAUCCCGAUUCCCCGCCGCCGGGUGAGUUCUGUAUUUCAUUGCGGACAUUUUUUUAUAUACAAACGUAGAAAGAAAUGAGUCAUUCCGUUGCUGCGGGAAUGAUUUUACAGCUAUCAUGAAUGGAAAAGUCAAAUGAGGAUUGUACAAAAUGAACCACUUCCAUGUGAAUACUUCUUUUAUUUCCAAUCUUCGGAGAAGGACUUGUGUUUAUAAGAUGUCUUUUUUGCCUCAGAUCAUAUUAUUGGUAGUCCGUGUCCCAAUACUGCAGCCAUUUUGGACAUGUUACCACACACAGCAACGAUGUUAAGGAAUAUGUACUGAAUAUGUCCACUACUAAAAGGAAUUCCCCUUGACGCUGUUUUGAAGAACAGUUUGGAGCUGCUUGAGGGUUGAUCCUAUAUCAUUCUGACUGAGCAAGAGCAUUAUGCACCGAGCCAGUAUUGUAUCUGACCUGCAUUGGUGGAGUACUCUAAUCCAUCUAAUUUUUUUGAAGGUGGAAUCUGUAACUACCAAAGCUAAUGUAUAUUUCAAGAUUCAAGUUUAUUUAUCACACGUGCAUGGAAAUACAUUGUUUGUGUUAGCAAACAGCACACCUGGAGUGUGCUGAGAGCUGCCCACAUGUGUCGCCACUCAUUCCAGCACCAGCAUAGCAUGCUCACCAUGCUCGGCAGAACAACACAGGACACAACAAAAACAGAAUAUAACAAGCAAUUAAACAAUAACAGCAAAACAAGCCCCGUAACUCCUUCUCAAUCACAGAAGUACACCGUUCUGUAACAGCAAGACAGUCUAUCUUCGGCCUCCAGCAUCCGGUGGUCUUGGAUUUGGACUCGGACAUAGACGUUGAGCUUUUGACUAGCUCAUCAGACCUGCAGGUUUGCAGACCUGGCUCUCCAGCCAGAGUUCCAAAGACAUGCUCUCCAGUUACCUAGAGUUCAAUGAUUUUGUGACGAUUUCAAAACGCUUCUGUGCGUCGUUUAAGGUGUUGGAAGGGUUCCAGGGCUGCUUCCUUUAGUGAGACAAGGUAGGGACAAGCAUUCCAGCUGCCUGGGCAGUUGUCCUCCCACCAUCAGACUACAGUCUGACCGGUACCAAUUCUCCUUUGCACAGACAUUAACGGCGGCUGAUGCCAAGCAUUUGGACAUUUUGGAAUUAAACUAUUUGGGAUUUGUGCUGGAAGAAGAUUGGCCAUGGUCUUAUUGAAUGAGAGGUGGAAUGGUAUAUGUAUGAUUUGUCGUAUUAUUUGACUUGCUCCUAUGCCAGUCAAAUUGAGGAAGCGUAUCUGGAUUUUUUUUCUUGGCAGUUUGGCAGAAACUCAGCUAUCCCUCCCUAACCCAGAAGUACAGUGGGUCUAUGAUUCCUUAAGUGACUAAGUUGUCUUUUAAACUCCUGGUUUGUUACAUGCCAUCAUGCAUGCAGAAGCAUCCAGAGCAACAUACACAACAUGCUGGAGGAAAUCAGCAGGUCAAGCAGCAUCUAUGGAGGAAAAUAAAUAGUUAAAAUUACAGGCUAUGAUCCUUCAUCAGAACUCCAGCUUUCUGUUAAAGUUGUAUUUAAAUCGGUAAUUUUUUAAUAUAUCUUUUGAAGAUUCUAACAAUAGUUGGUACUUACUAUUUUUGGAGUAAAUAGUUGAAAGCAUUUUUGUAUUUUGAUGUGAUAUGGGAUCUAGGAAAUAGGCUACUAUUUUAAAUUGGAAUGCGAAUUCAUAUUGUAAGCCAGAUUUAACUAUAAAUAUGCAGCUACUGGUGUCUGCUCUUUGACUCUACAUUUAUAAACCCCUUGCCUGCAAAAGUUGUUAAAACUAUGAAUUGAUAAUUGUGCGGUGAAGGAAAUGGAGAAGCUGGCAGUGUGUUUCCUUAACCAGAGGGAAGAGCUGACAAAUAAACAGCACAAUGAAUCAUGGAGGGUUAAUUAAAUGUCAUCAGGUGCAGGAAGAGAAUAAGAAGAGGGAAAGUUUAGGGAGGAAAAACAAAGCAAAUUUGCAUUUUAAUUUUUAAGAAUGGAACAUUUUCAAAAUCCCCAACACAAAAUCAAAACUUAAUAGAAAGAGGCUAGUAAUGGAUAAUUUGUAAUACAGGAGGGUGGCUGACAGUAAUUAAUAAAUAUUACGUUGCUAAAAGAUCAUUUUAGUUUCAUUUGACGUAGAUCAUUGAUGAGACAGGAAGAUGCUGUUUUUACAGAGCUAGUGUCAGAGCAGACAGAAACAUUGGGUGUUGGCAUUUAACCACACAUCACUGCUUGCCUGGAGGUGCUGUGGCAUUUACAUUUGAUUAAUGAUGAACAUCAUUAGCUUCGUUGUUAUUUUGACAAAGUAGCCAAUAGUGUUGAAAAGUAUAUGAACUGUGAGAGUACAUGUUAUGGUUAAAUGACUAGCAGAAAAUGUAGCUGUCAGGAAAUUGAGAUUAAAUUAAAUCUGAUUCAACAGUUUUUUGAUCUGUAAGAGUUUCCUACUGUAUCUUAAAAUUGUUACAUGCGAUGAAUUAACACUUAAUGUUUCUGAUUUUCUUUUUUCUAAAAUUAAAUUUCAU